AUAAAAGCAAGUUGGCAGAAAAACAGGCAGGUAUAUAAGAGAGACAGAGGCUUCGUCUCUCAUAUCAGCUUCGCACGGAAAAUAUUCUCGAAUCUCCCACAAAGCCAUUCCCAUGGUGAACGCCGUCAAAGUUUUCAAGAAGACUGCGCCUAAUGGUAAAGUCACCGCGUAUCUAAGUCGGCGGGACUUCGUGGACCACAUCACCCACACCUCCCCCGUGGACGGUGUGGUUGUUGUGGACCAUGAUUACCUGCGAGGAAGGAGGGUCUUCGCGCGCGUGGCGGUCACGUACCGCUACGGUCGCGAAGAGGAUGAGGUCAUGGGACUUCACUUCAGCAAGGAGCUCGAGCUGGUUAACGUCGAGGUCGCCCCGAACGCUGGCCAGAUCCAGACGAGUGAUGUCCAAGAACGACUCAUCAAGAAACUAGGCGCCAACGCCUACCCGAUCAGCGUCGCCCUCCCGGACAACGCCCCGUGCUCCGUCACUCUGGACAACGGGGAUGAGUCAACUAGCCAUCCUAUGGGUGUGAUCUACGACCUUAAGCUGUACGUGGCUGACAGCAAGGAGGAACGUCCUCACAAGCGGAACUCCGUCAGCUUUGCCGUCCGCAAGGUCCAGUACGCCGUCCCGGAGAUCAGCAACCGCCAGCCCCAGACCCUGGUCAGCAAGAGCUUCACGCUCUCUCCUGGCAAGCUAAACCUCGAGGUGAGCCUCGACCGUGAGCUGUAUUUCCACGGCCAACCUGUUGAGGCUCGUCUGUCGAUCAACAACGCCUCAAAGAAGACUGUCAAGAACAUCAAGGCUCAGGUCGUGCAACACGUGGAAGUGACCAUGACCAACAACCAGUUCAGCCGAGUCGUGGCCUCACUCGAGUCUCGCGAAGGAUGCCCCAUCACCCCGGGAUCCAACCUCAGCAAGGCCCUCACCCUCAACCCCAUCGCCUCCGUGAACAAGCGGCGCUUCGGCAUCGCCCUCGACGGCCAAAUCAAGGACCAGGACGCCAACUUGGCAUCCUCCACCGUGGUUGCCGCCGGAAAGAACAUCAACGACGCCCUUGGAGUGAUUGUCUCCUACUCCGUCCGUGUGAAGCUGAACUGCGGCGCCAUUGGCGGUGAGCUGACUGCCGACCUUCCCUUCAAGCUGAUGCACCCCGACCCCUCCGCCAGCAAGGCAACCAUACGCAAGAUGCAGUCCACUGACAAUUUCGAAUUCGAGGACUUCGCUCGCCUUCGUCGCGGCCAGUCCGUAGCCGAUGAUUGAGUCGUCUGAUGCAACGAAUAACAGUGAUCAGUAAUCCUUUUGUUCAAUCGGAAACAUUGGCGAGAUCAGGAGUUGACUUCAUCAAUUGGAGAACAUUAGCGUAAUUGGCAACAUUUUCGUAUUUUGUGAAAUUUAUAGAUUUCGGUCUUUGGUUUAUCUGUAUUUUUAGCAUUGGUGUUGCCAUUUGGAUUUUACUGAUUUAUUUGGUUAUAUAUGUACAUUUAGUUCACAAAUAAAUUAUUUAAUUUAA